AUGGAAUAUUUCAGUCCAUUUUACGAAGUCAAAAAAGAUGAGCGAGGGGUGACAACUAGAUAUGGCGACUCCUUACUGCUACGACACUUAUUUUCCACACCCACUGACUCAGAUAUUGGUAAGACCAAUUCUGCCCAUUACAAGUUCCAAUUUGCAAACUUAUUAGUACCGCAGAUAUCCUCAAUUUUGGCAUACCAAGAAAGCAUGUUGGACGACUCUUUUGUAGAGACGGCGAGGUAG